AUGAAGCUUUCCAUGUUCUUCGUCUUUGCCGCUGCGUUCUUGUACGAGUGCCCGCUGAGAUCCAAGGCGCUUUCGAUGGCCAACCCGGAAAAGCUGGACCUCGAUCAAGAGACUCUUCAAGAAGGACUGAUUGAAAACACUGCAGGCUCUAGCCCGUCUAAGAUCCUUGUGGUGGCAGACUUCAACCUUCUAAAGACCUUGAAGGCUCUGGACAGGAACGUCCUACAGCAGAUUCUGCCAGAGAGGAUCCUGAGCACCGAGCGGCGAGACGUGAACCCGGACCUCGGCUCCAGCAUCGCCAUCAUCAAGAGGGACUCUAUGAGGUGCAUGGUGGGAAGGGUGUACCGGCCGUGCUGGGAGGUGUAGUUCCUGUACAUGGACAUCAUGGCUGAGAAAACCGAACUGUACCAUUUCUGAUCCUGUUAAACACUGUCUUCAUGUCAGUUAUCUGAAUCAUAAUUUCUGCUUCUAUAUAUCUGCAAUUAAAC